AUGAGCCCUGCCGUCAUUGAUCUGGGUCCAGUAGCAAAGAACCAACAGUGCUGUGCCGCCAAUGUUGACGAACUGCGCCCACAUAACUUGUUGGUCGCGUUAACUGCAAUCUCUCGUCUCUUGACUGAGGCGCCUCAAUUGGCCGGUCGUUGGAGGGCAAGAUCGGAGGUACAUAACGGUUUCAAAGGCAUAGCGAGGCCAGGCCGAUGA